AUGAGCACUGACCACUGGACCAAGAAGACGGACCACCGCCUCGAGGAAGACGCCGCGCCGCCACCUGAAAGAAGACGCCGCACCUCCAUCACUCCAAGCCGCCCACCACCGAGCUUCGCCCCGCCGACGGCACCGAGUCCCAGCAAACCUUCCCGCGGAGCGCCUAUCUUCUUUCCCCCGCCGAGGACCCCGGACUUCAGACACACCGCUGCCGCCGCGGCUGGACAGCUGGAACCUUUUCCCCCCUCCGACAGAUUUUAG